AUGUCUGAGAGCAAGAGGCCCCGUGGGCCAAAAGCCACCGGCUUCCGCCUCAUCAAAGUGACUGUCAAGACCUUGAAGCACAAGGAGCUGUUUGACGUGCCUGAGAACAUCCUCAUCCAGGAGUUCAAGAAGCAGAUCGCCGAGCGGUUCAACACCCCCCCUGAGCAGCUGUCGCUGAUCUUUGCUGGGGAGAUCCUGAAAGAUCAGAACACGCUGUUGCAACAUAAGGUGGGCGAUGGGUCCAAAGUCCACCUCUUCAUCAAGUCUCAGAGGAGGCCGCCAGGGAACUCUGGGCCACCAAGGAGUGUCACACCCGGCACGACCUUCCUGCCGGACGUGUUCGUCUCCAGGGACCUCCCAGAGCAGAAUCCGGACCUGUCGGAAUGGAACGGCCAGCCGGAAGAACUGAUGGCCUCCUGCCAUGAGGUGGUGGCCCAGACCAUGGAAAACCUCUUGCUGCAGAUGGUCACGCUGAGCCUGGACGCCUCCACCCUGAACAACAACCCCUUCCUUUUGGGCUUCCUCAUCGGGGUCACCGGCAUGAACGUCCUGGGCUUGAAUGCCACGGACGUGUCUGACUUUGUGAGUGAGGCCCAAGAGCAGGAGGUGACCCGGCAGGAGCUGAUCUGCGAAUUGAUGCAGCACCCGUUCGUGCAGAACCUCUUUGGGGACACGGAGCAGGUCCGGCAGAUGAUCAUGUCUAUCCCGCAGAUGCAGCGGCUGGCUGAGCAGAACCCGGAGAUCGGCCACAUCCUCAGCAACUCGGACUUCCUGCGAGACAUGAUCGACCGAGCCACCAGCUCGGCGGUGAUGGAUGAGAUCGUCCGGAAUCACGACCGUGCCCUCAGCAACCUCGAGAGCAUCCCAGGUGGGUACAGCGCAUUGCAGCAGCUCUACAACGACAUCGAAGCUCCCAUGCUGAAUGCAAUGCAAGCGCCGUUCCAGGGCAACUCGCUUGCCACGCCGGAGAGCAAGCCCUCUUCUGGAGGGGUCAGCCCCCUGACCAGGACAGAGAACAGGGAGCCUCUGCCGAACCCUUGGGCCCCCCAGUCCAACAGCAGUGGGGACAAUUUCUGUAAUGGCGACACCAGCGGCGCUGGUAACGGGGCAGGGCAGGGCUACAUCUUGCUUGCUUUAGGUCCUGGCAUCAGACCAGGAAUCAGCAAGUCUGAGAACAUCCAAAACAUGGUCCAUCAGCUCACAGAGAACCUCGAGUUGAUGCAGAACAUGUCCAGUGCGCUUUCGGACCCAGACGGCCCCACGCAGACGUUCCUGGGUCAAAGCCCCUCUCCCUCAUGCGACGAAGCCCCCCCUUCUCCAGGCUGGGUGCAGCAGCUCCCACCCAAACUGGCCCAGUCGGAGGCCGCAGCGCUGCUGAGCAACCCCAGAGCCCUGCAGGCCCUCCUCCAGAUGCAGACGGGCCUCUUGACGCUCACGCGGGAAGCGCCAGAUUUCCUCCAAGCCUUGUCAGACCCGGAUGUCGAGCCAGAAAGCAUGGAGGACUCUGACGAGGGAGAAAGCCCGUCCUCAGACGAGGAGAGCAUCCUCUCCAGUGACCCGGAGCUGGCCAGCGACAGGUCCGAAGCCGACGAAGAGGAAUCCAUGGAGCAGCAAGCCCCGGAGGCCCAGUACCAGGCGCAACUGGAGCAGCUCAGGGCCAUGGGCUUCCCGCACCAGGAACGGAACCUGCAGGCCCUAAUCGACACAGAAGGAGAUAUCAGUGCGGCCGUUGAAAAGCUAACCGACGCCCACGCACCCUAG